GCUGGGAUUUGCCACCAUGUUCAAGUCGUUAAGUCAAAGUAACUGUUGCGCUUCACGCUUUUUCUCUUAAUUUCUCUCAUGCGCACUUUGAUUCCUGGAAGAUCACAAAAGUCUAGGAAGCCUGAAGAACCUCUUGGAAUGACCAUGAAUCCAUUUGAGCUUUCACAUUCAACUUAUAUUCUUUUAACUCUGGCAGUGUCAUGCAUGUUGAUUAGCCAGUUGUAUCUACACCAAGCAUCAACUGUAAGAGUUUUAUCAUCGCCAGAGUUAAUACCACCAAAAGUGCCAAAGACCAGAGAUCUCUUCAAGAGCGACAUCAGGAACAUUUCAAAUAAUAUAAAUGCAAGUGACUUACCAAACCACUCCACUGCUGCUGAAAGAGACUGCAAACUUCUUGUGGAAAUGCGCUUUGAUUGUGCUCGUGAUAGAACCGUUACUAGGGCAGAGUGUGAGGAACGAGGCUGCUGCUAUUUCCCCCUAUUACAUUCUGAGUAUAGUGGGCCACCAUGGUGCUUCUACCCUGCAUCAUAUCCUGGCUACAGAAUGGGACCGCUUUCUCCCACACCUAGAGGUCAAUCAGCCACCCUUACUCGAGUCAUACCAUCUUACCUGCCUCAAGACAUCUCCACUCUGCAGCUCGAAGUGAUGAAGGAGGAAGCAGGCCGCUUACACCUUACUCUGAAGGAUCCCUCAUCAACUCGAUAUGAAGUUCCCUUUGUUGCAAUGUCAUCUAGUAGACAUACAUCCCCACAAGACUUCCUCUAUGAUGUGGAAUUUGAUCCGGACCCAUUCAGCUUUGUGGUUCGUCGCAGGUCCAAUGGUCGAGUUCUACUGAACACUGCUGUAGCACCGCUCCUGUUUGCAGACCAGUACCUGCAGCUCUCCACAUCUCUGGCAUCUACUUUCAUCUCUGGAUUUGGGGAGCACUACACACACCUGAUGCUGGAUCUCAACUGGACUUCUGUCACUCUGUGGAACAGAGAUAUGGCACCACAUAGUGAUGCCAACCUUUAUGGCUCCCAUCCAUUCUGCUUAGUUCAGGAGGGUGAUGGUCAGGCUCAUGGUAUUUUCCUUCUUAACAGCAAUGCCAUGGAAGUAGCACUGCAGCCCAUGCCAGCCCUGACCUGGGUGACUAUUGGAGGAAUUCUGGAUAUUUACAUCUUUGUAGGCCCUGAUCCACAGAGUGUAGUCCAGCAGUACCAUGAGGUUAUUGGUUAUCCCAUGAUGCCACCUUAUUGGUCUCUGGGGUUCCACCUCUGCCGAUGGGGCUACACCUCCACCAAGAUGACUAGAGCUGUAGUGCAGCGGAUGCAGCAAGCCCAGUUUCCUCUCGACGUGCAGUGGAAUGAUCUAGAUUAUGCCGACAAGAAGCGAGUCUUCACCUUUGACCCUCGGAGGUUUGGAGACUUGCCUGAGAUGGUGCAAGAGUUCCAUGAGCAGGGACUGAAGUAUGUGCUCAUUUUGGAUCCAGGCAUCAGUAGUACAGGUCCUCCAGGUUCAUACAAACCAUUUGAUGAUGGAGAGCAGCGGGGUGUUUUCAUCAAAAACCUGACAGGACAGACGCUCAUUGGAAAGGUAUGGCCUGGUCCAACAGCAUUCCCAGACUUUACUAAUCCCGAUACAGUGUCCUGGUGGGAAGAGUGCAUCAGAGACUUCUAUGCCAAUGUGUCAUUUGAUGGCCUUUGGAUAGAUAUGAAUGAACCUGCUAACUUCGUUCACGGCUCGGUGCUCGGAUGCCCAGACACGGACCUAGAUAAUCCACCUUAUACUCCAGAUGUUCUAGGAGGUCAGUUAAACUCAGGCACAGUGUGUAUGACGGGUCAACAAGCGCUGUCUUCUCAUUACAACCUGCACAAUCUGUACGGACUCACUGAGGCUAUUGCCACCUACAGUGCAUUACUGAAAGUGAGAGCCUCUCGGCCGUUCGUACUGUCCCGCUCCUCUUUCCCUGGACUGGGCCGUUUCUCAGGUCACUGGACAGGAGAUGUGCGUAGUGACUGGGAGCAGCUGCGAUACUCUGUCCCUGCUGUGCUGCUGUUUGGACUAUAUGGAGUUCCUCUGGUCGGGGCAGACGUGUGUGGAUUUGAAGGCGACACUAAUGAGGAGCUGUGUGUGCGCUGGACUCAGCUGGGUGCCUUCUAUCCAUUCAUGAGGAACCACAAUGACAGACCUAAUGCUCCCCAGGAGCCUUACGUAUUUGGACAGGAGGCCCAAGCUGCCAUGAGGAAUGCGAUGAUGCUGAGAUACUCUCUUCUGCCCUUCCUGUACACACUCUUCCACCAUGCUCACACCUCAGCCAGCACUGUAGCAAGACCCCUCUUUAUGGAAUUCCCAUCUGAUCCAAACAGUGUGACGAUAGAUAGACAGUUCCUGUGGGGGAGCUCUCUGCUCGUCAGUCCAGUCCUGGAACCAGGAGUUGUAGAUUUGGCAGCUUAUCUCCCCCCUGCGAUGUGGUACAGUUUAAACAAUGGACAGGCUUAUAACAGCAAGGGCCAGUACCUGCUCCUUCCAGCUCCACUAGAUACCAUCAACAUCCACAUCAGAGGAGGACAUAUUAUUCCACAACAGGUGCCUGCAUUGACGACCUCAGCCUCACGCAGUAACCCCUUCGUCCUGACGGUGGCGCUCUGCUCACAGGGCAGGGCUGAAGGGGAGCUAUUCUGGGAUGAUGGGGAAAGCCUAGGCACAUUUGAGCGUGGAGAUUACUCUUAUGUUAUCUUCACGGCAGGACAGUCACGGCUGGUGGGUGAGCCAUUAAAAGUGAAUGGAGCUCUGGAUGGUUUAGUUGUGGGAGAAGUGCGUGUGUUUGGAGUUUCAACACCUCCUACAGGAGUGUGGGCUAAUGGGAAGCAAGUGAAGGAUUUCUCUUAUGCCACAGACACCAAGGUCCUUACAGUGUCGAAUCUGGCCAUGCUGAUAUCAGAGAAGUUCAUGGUGCAGUGGAUUUAAGGAAAUUCCUGCUCUUCUCUAAGCUGGAUAAGGAAAUAACUGUCAAUGUGUCUGUAAGAUUUUUUUAAAUGAUGCAAAAUGCCACGUCACAUAAAACUGCACUGGAUCUGUAGUGGUUUUGCAUUCUAAAUAAAGUUUACAUAUAUUUCUA